AUGGAGACGGCUUCAAUCAUUCCAGCCGGAGAGGUAAAGAGCUCUCAGCCGCAACAACUACAGGACCAGAACGUCUUGGAUUCAGCUCAGAUUAGGCAUCAGUCCCAAGAAACAUCUACUGAAAUCUUUGAGCCUAGAGCGAGCCCAGAUCCAGAGAACCAAAUUUUAGAGACGCUGCCAGGGACAGAGAAACUGAUUGCUGGACUUGAAGGACUCUCUGAUCACUCUCACAGACCCGCCAGUGAUGUGGCAGAGCCCUUUCAAACUUCUGCUCUGUGGCACUGCCCCGAUGGGAGUUUUGUGAAGAAGAUCAUAACCCCUGGGAAAGGCUUGGACAAACCCAAACUUGGCUCCCAUUGCCGGGUACUGGCUUUGGGGUUUCCCUCCGAGUCAGGGAUACCAGAAGGCCGGUCAGAGCUAACAGUGGGGCUAGGGUCGUGGAGGGAAGGAACUUGGGGGGAGCUCACUGAGAAAUGCUUGGAGUCCAUGUGCCAAGGUGAGGAGGCUGAGCUGCAACCCACUGGGUACUCUGGCUCUCCGGUUAGACUCACACUGGCCUCCUUCACGCAGGGACGGGACUCUUGGGAGAUGGAGGCCAGCGAAAAGAAGGCCCUGGCUGAGCAUGAGCGUGCCAGGGGCACAGAACUGUUUUGUGCUGGGAACCCUAAAGGGGCAGCCCAAUGCUAUGGGCAAGCUCUGAAGCUGCUGCUGACUUUACCCCCACCUGGCCCUUCAGAACGAACAGUCCUUCAUGCCAACCUGGCUGCCUGUCAGUUGCUGCUGGGACUGCCCCACUUAGCAGUUCAGAGCUGCGACCGGGCCCUUGAGCGGGAGCCAGGGCAUUUAAAGGCCUUGUACCGAAGGGGGGUUGCACAGGCUGCCCUUGGCAACUUGGACAAAGCAACUGCUGACCUCAAGAAGGUGCUGACCAUGGACCCCAAGAACCGGGCAGCUCAGGAGGAGCUGAGAAAGGUUAUCAUUAAGGGCAAGACCCAGGAUGCAGAACUGGCUCAGGGUUUGCGCAAGAUGUUUGACUAAUUAAAAGUUAAAUCUUCAAAGAGACGUGAA